AUGCCCGUCACCAAAUUCGAUGUUCCUGAGCGUUACCGGUAUCUGGAGGGGUUUGGGUCUUAUCACCAAUCCGAAGCGUUGAAAGAUGCUCUCCCAGUUGGACAAAACUCUCCCCAGAAGCCGCCGUACGGUCUAUACACGGAGAAGCUCUCGGGAACCUCCUUCACAGCUCCUCGUGGGCAGAAUCAGCAUUCUUGGCUGUACCGCAUCUUGCCAACUGCCGCUCAUAACCCGUUCACGAAAGACGAAACACUAGCGAAGAUUGGAACCCGCAGCGACUUGGAGUCACUCUCGUACACUCCAACCCAGCUGCGAUGGAGUCCAUUCGACAUCGAUGCCUCAGCCGACUGGCUACAUUCCAUGCAUUUGCUCGCUGGAAGAGGCAACGCGGCUGACAAAAAGGGAAUGGCAGCAUUUAUCUACAUGGCUGGAAAGUCCAUGGAGGCCAACACUUCUUUCAGCUCUGCGGACGGUGAUCUCCUGAUCAUUGCGCAGCAAGGAACGCUGGACAUCCGCACUGACUUCGGCCAUCUCCUAGUUCGUCCGUCGGAAAUCUGUGUCAUUCCUCGUGGCUUUCGGUAUCAUGUCUCGCUUCCAGAUGGACCCGUGCGAGGCUUCGCAGUUGAGCUGUAUGAGGGACAGUGGACUCUACCUAACCGCGGACCCAUUGGCUCGCAAAGCAUGGCCAAUGAACGAGACUUUCAAAUCCCCGUCGCGGCGUUUGACCAUGACACAACCUCUACUUUCAAGAUCGUCACCAAGUUCAACAACGAACUGUUCGUCGCAACGCAGACGCACACCCCUUUCGAUGUGGUGGCUUGGCAUGGACUGUACUAUCCCUGGAAGUACGAUCUCGGCCGGUACGCCACCAUCAGCAGUAUCUCCUACCAUCAUCCAGAUCCAUCCAUCUUCACCGUCACAGCGCCCGGCGAGGCCCCUGGUGGCCCGCCCGUAGCUGAAGUGGCCGUCUUCCCACCACGCUGGCUGGCCAUGGAAGGCACGUUUCGGCCGCCGUGGUAUCAUCGCAAUACCAUGGCUGAGCUAGUGGGUCUUAUUAAGAGUCCUUCUCACGAAGAAACAUAUGGAUCCUUCCAGCCAGGCGGGGCCAGACUUCACAACACCAUGACGGGACAUGGGCCUGAUAGUGUGACUCUUGAGCGAGAGAGCAACGAAGAGCUGCUUCCUGUUAAAGCAGGAGAGGGAACAUUGGCAUUUGUGAUUGAAAGCAAUCGAUUGAUGGGUGUAAGUGAGUGGGGUUUGGAAGGAUGUGGGAAGCGUCAGAAGGAUUACAAUGCUCAGACGUGGUUGCCGCUGAGGUCGAGGUUUGAGAUGCCGGAUGAGAAAAUGGACACAGGGGUUAGCAAUUGA